AACAAACAAAAAUUCAGUUGUUGCUUGCUUACCAAGUAAUUUUAUUCGCUAUGUUACUUAAAUAUAAAAAUGAAAUAAGAAGUUUGAGCAUUAUUAGUUGAGAUAUAAUGCAAAGACUGAAACGUACGGUUAUUUUGUAAUCCUGAAUAUAUUUUUAAAACGCGAAAUGACGGAGCCAGAAACUGUGGAUGACUUUUAUGGAGUCUAUCUUCUAUAUAACAUCAAUCCGAAAUUUAAAGGACGAACUUAUAUAGGGUACACGAGAGAUCCAAAUAGGAGAAUUAUGCAACAUAAUCGAGGCACUUGGGCCGGCGGAGCUCAUCGAACAAAUAACAGAGGUCCUUGGAAAAUGGUUUUGAUUAUUCAUGGUUUCCCAAACAACAUCUCAGCAUUAAGAUUUGAAUGGGCAUGGCAAAACCCAAAUAAGACAACAAGACUGCAGCAUCUCGACUUGAAAAAAAUACCUAGAAAAGAAACAGAGUUUCAAUUUAAAUUAAGAGUUUUAUCUGAAAUGCUCAGAGUUGGUCCUUGGUAUCGAUUGCCUUUGGUGAUAAGGUGGUUGGAAAAUGACUACUUUGAAGAAUUUCCACCUGAAAGAAUACCUCCAGAUCAUAUGAUAAUCUGUCAUGGUCCAAUAAAAAGUAGGAACCUCAAGAGAUCCAAACCAAAAAAUACAAUAGUACCUACUAUAGAAUGCUUAAUGUGCUCUGAGUCUUUAAAAUGUACUGAAAAAUUGACCUGUACGAACCCCAAUUGCAAAUUAGUCGCUCAUAUAUGUUGCUUGGCCGAAAUAUUUAUCUCUUCCGGAGAGUAUAUACCUAUAGCUGGCCGUUGUCCGUUUUGCAAUGUUAAAUUAAAAUGGGGUGACUUGAUACGGACAAUGAGAGGAUGUAAUCAAUUGACCACAAAUGAUGAUGGGGUGGAAAGGGAAGUUGAUGAUGAAUUGGAUGAAGAUGUAAUAUGUACUCAAGAUAAGGGAUUUGUUGAUAAUCCUUCUUGGUUCCUUGAUUGUAAUGAAGAUUUAUGACGU